AUGAGCAAAUGUAAAUUUUGGUUACGGGAAGAAACAUUUCUAGGGCACGUAGUUUCUGCUAAAGGGAUUCAAGUUGAUCCUAGGAAGAUUGAGGUUGUGCUUGUUUGGAAACAGCUUAAGAAUAUUUCUGAAAUUAGUAGUUUUUUGGGUGUUGCGGGUUACUAUCAAAGUAUUGCGUUCGAUCAUCAGACCGAUGGUCAGUCUAAAAGGGUGAUUAAGAUACUGAAGGAUAUGCUUCAAAGCUGUGUGAUUGAUUUUCGAGGUAGUUGGGAGGAUUUUCUAUCAUUAGCUGAGUUCGCUUACAACAAUAGUUUCCAGUCUAGCAUUCAGAUGGCACCUUACGAGGCUCUCUACGGUCGUAAGUUUCGUACUCCGCUAUGCUGGACUAUGUUGGGUGAGCGGUUGUAUCAGAUUCUGAAGCAUGUGGGACCGGUUGCUUACCAGUUAGAGCUAUCUCCAGAGUUGGACCGUAUCCAUAAUAUGUUUUACGUCUCGAUGUUGAGGCGGUAUCGAUCUGAUCCAUCUCAUGUUGUCUCUGUUGAGGAGAUCGAGGUUAGACUGGACUUGACGUUUGAGGAGUUGGUUCAGAUUUUGAAUCGAGAUAUUAAGGUUCUGAGGAGGAAGUCCAUACCGUUGGUAAAGGUUUUGUGGCGAAAUCAUGGCACUGAGGAAGCUACAUGGGAAUCUGAGGACUCGAUGUGUCAACAAUAUCCUUCUUUAUUCGGAUAA